AUGUUAACCCUCAUACUACCUCACAUCGCGAAAAUCGCCACGGUUGCCGUCCUGUGCGCCGUCAUCGUCAAGUUCAUCGUCUACCCCAUAUUCCUCUCACCACUGUCCAAGCUACCCGUGGCUCACCCAUUGGCAUACGUAACUUCGCUAUGGAUCCAAUGGCAUCGAUGGCGCGGCACCGAGUUUGAUUGCGUCACGCAAGCGUUUGCCAACCAGGGGUCAUAUGUCCGGCUAGCUCCCAACGAAAUUGCUGUCAACGAGAUAGAAGCGGUGCGCAGCGUUUAUGGCAUCGGGAAGAACAACUUCGACAAGGACCCGUACUACGGCCACUUUGGGAGCCACGGGGCCCGUAAUACGUUCACGUCUCUAGGCAUGGACCACCGGGUCCGUAGACGCCGAAUUUCCGCGAUCUACUCCCGGUCGUUUGUACGAACAUCCCCGCACGUCCGAGCCAUCUUGCACUGUCUCUUAGUGGAGCGAAUGCUUCCAAUCUUUGCUCAAGCUUCUUCGUCCUCUAACAAAAGCCUCAAUGUUCCCUCUCUAUUCCAUGCAUUCGCGCUGGAUUUCGUGUCGCUUCUAGCGUUUGGCAUAUCUAGAGGCACUAAUUUCAUUGACAACGAGCAAAUGCGUUGGGGGUGGAUGGAGCAGCUUCGUCUUGCUUACCCAGACGACAAAGCCUUCUGGAUGAGAGAACAUUCGUUCCUUGUUAAUAUACUGGGCAGAAUCGGUAUCCCUAUACUUCCUAAAGCUCACUUCCAAGUCGUAAAAGAGCGUGAGGAUUGGGCUCUCGCCAAGGUAAGCGAGUGCGAAGACGCAAUGCAUGACUCAAAGGGCAAGAUACGAGAUAUUGCCUCUCUUCCACUCGGCGAACUUCCCAUCAUAUAUGCAUAUAUGAGGUCGGCGAUGGAAAAGACGGCGCCGGUUGAUGGACACUUCACGCUGAGCUCACAUCAGGCUCUCGAAGUGGCGAGUGAAAUCCUUGAUCAUAUUACCGCUACGGGAGAUACAUUUGGCACCAUGUUUACCUAUAUGGUCUACGAGCUUUCCCGUCGCCAAGAUAUCCAGAAGGACCUCUGUGAGGAACUCCUUGGCAUCGCAAAUCCUUUUCUCUACAAUGGCAUUACGGAAUCAUCUAUGCCUAUUUUGGCCGAUCUGGAGGGCCUCCCUUGUCUUGAAAGCGUCAUCAAAGAGAGCCUCCGCCUGCGCACCCAAACUCCCAACCUGGCCCCCAGAGUCACUCCACCAAACCGCCGGUCUAGUGUCGGUUUUCUCUGCAACUUGCCCCCUGGCAUUCGCAUAGGCACGUACGGUUGGUGGCUCAACCGCAACCCUGACGUCUUUCCCGACCCAGAUACCUGGGAGCCGAGACGUUGGCUGGGCGGAGGACCGGAUGCUGCAGCGCUCCGAGACAAGUGGUUAUUCGCGUUCGGCGGCGGCAGUCGUGGGUGCAUUGGGGAGCAAAUCGCAAUGGAUUUAUUGAGGCUUCUUAUCAGCGGUAUUUACUCAAAUUUUAAGACAACUGUUCUGGACGAAGCGGAAUACCCUGGUGCGAACAAAUUUCACAGUAGCUUCUGUGAAGAUAAACUAUUCAUCAAGUUUGAGAGGCUUCCACGAUCCGCAGCAGAGCCAUAG